AAAAAUCUCUCAAACAGGUUCCACUUUGAAGAUGGAUAAGAACAGAACCACCAUGGAGACAAGUUACAAUCACAGCAACAAUCAAACUGAUUCCUCACUGGCUAAAAAUGAAAGCUUGAUCUGCUGGCAAAAUGAUGGAAGAGAAGAUUUAUUAUCAGAGGUCGUCAUCUACGUCUAUAUUCCCUUCUUCCUGUUGGCCAUCUACAGUCUAACUUCUCAGAUACGAAGUGAACGGGUUGUUCCAGUCUUCAUCGUCAACCUUCUAAUCUCAGACGUCCUUCAGGUCGCCUGCAUGGCUGUUCACAUCGUUUCUGACAUGACCAGUAGAGACAGGUUCUACCUUAUUUAUACCUACUAUGGUUUUGUUAUAGCCAGUGUUUUCUUCAUGACCCUCAUUGCCCUGGAAAGAUAUCUGAUGAUCGCCCACCCGCUGCGGUACAGAUUCAGCAAAACAGCAAAGAUCUCAGUCUGGGUCUCUCUCAUCACCUGGAUAAUCUCUAUAUUAACAGGCUUUGUUAGCGCUGGCUACCCUGGAAGCAGUCUGCUCCUUCCCUUCCCUUUGAUGAUAUUCUCUCUUGUUGGGACCUUCAAAGCUCUGUCCACUGUUCAGUCCGUCCAUGCUGCUGAGAAGCGACGGAUUGUUGGGGUUUUGGUUGUGGUGUUUUUAAUUUAUACCGUCACAUUCUUGCCUUUUGUUUUAGCUCCAUUGCUGUCUGUUUUUUCAACUCGCUAUCAUACCAUUUUGCUGUCCUGGAACUUUGUUGAUUUUUCCUGCACGGCAAUUCAGAUAAACCCUCUGACAGACAUAUUUCUUUACAUUCUGUUUAAGAAAUGGUUCCUAGACAAGCUUUUAACAUUUUUGUGUUGUUGCAUAAAAAAUAGCGAUGAAGCCCAACAGAUAGUGGAUGAAACAGAAAGCUCCUCGUCCAAAAGAAAACACCAAGAAAACCCAAGAAAUUUAGAGGAGGAUACAAAAGACAUUUGUUAAGAGCUACAACCAAACUAUUGUCAGUUUAAUGAAUAGAAAGAUGUAUAGAACUUUCCAUGCAUAACCCUAAACCUAGGCUGAGCUAAAACUUUGCUAAGGUCUAAAUCAGAGGUCAUGGAUUAGCAGACUGACGUAGCCUAUGGAUCUAGACCCACCUGCUGGCUAAUCUGGACCCAACCUGAUUUAAAACAUUUAUAAAUUACCGCAUGUUGUCCAGCGACAGUGUCUAAUUUCACUUGCGCCUCUUCUCCUGUUAAUACGGUAAA